CGGCCUACAUCUGAGGACAGAAGGCUGACCGUUGGUCGAUUGGUUUUGCGCUAAUUUGAUAUGUUUCAUGAAUGUAAACGACUGAGUUGAAAAAGCAGUGUAUACAUAUCUAUAGAAAACAGUAGAAAUUGUUGUAACCUAACUUUGCAUACAUUUUGUACUUUAAGUGUAACACAUAUCCCAUGAUUCAUACUGGGAUUCCCCCAAUUUUCCACUUCUAAAAUCUUUAGGAUCGUGUGGUUUGUAAUAUCUUUUUUUUCUCGCUGUUGAUCGAAAAAUGCAUCUGAUCUUAAUAAACUGGUAUGGGUGUCCGAUUUUUAUAAAUCAUGCGUUGUGCUGUAGAUGAUCUUCAAAAACAAGUUGAGGGAAGAAUACUGGAAUAUAGGUCACAAAUUUGUCGUGUUUUCAGGGCACCAAGUGUCUUGCGAUGGAUGCCCAGUUUCUUUUCUGCUGCAGACGAACGAGAAAUAAUAACAGUAGAUUUAAGAAAUCCAGAAAAAGCAUCAUUUCUGUUCAUAGACAAGAUUCUUAAAUGCACACAUGUUGGAAAAUGGACGGCAUUUCUCGAAGCCCUAAAAAGAGCAGAUUAUCCCUAUUUAGUUUCUCUCUUGAAAUUCUAUGAUCAAGAUCAAGAUCAAUGUUAUCACCAAAAGAAGAUCUUACAAAUCUUUGCCCCAUACCUCGAACUGCAGUUAGAACCAUGCGACCUCAUUAUGCAUUUAAAUGCAUCCCAUUUGAUCAAUAUGAGAGAUAUGGAAGAAAUAAUGGCCUGUCAGAGGAACCAAGGUUCAGUCGCUGCUACGAUACUCCUUCUAGACCGUAUACAGCGUCGGCAGGCACCAUCCAGAUGGUAUACAGAUUUUUUAAAAAUUCUGUAUCAGAAAGGAUUCAAGGAUAUUGUUCGCGAGAUGGAGCCUGAAUUUACUCUUGACUGUGAAAUAUUGAAAUUACCAAACGUCAUCGUGACUGAAACUAAGUCGGAUUCCGCCAUUGAGAUGGACGAGAUUGGCAACACUGUAGAAGAAAAGAUAGAAACCAAAGUUAAGUAUUUUCAGACUGAAAUUACAGAACUGGUCAGGGUGGAGAAAAUUGCACCGGCCCUUUGUCAGUUAAUUGGUAUCGAAAAGGUUUGCCAGUUAAUGCAUGUUAGUCGUAAUUCCCAGAAAGAGUCCAUCGGAAGCAUGUUGGAAGAAAUCGGCAAAUUAAAGAACAAGACGAAAUGGAGAAACUUUAUUACAUGUUUGAAAGAUUCUGAUUAUCCCCAUUUAGCAGAUCUUCUAUCUAGGCCGCGUACAAGUAAACUCCAGUGUAGAGAAAGAGAUUUGCUUCGACUGUUUCAUUCAACAUUAGGAGAGCAACUAGACCCUGUUGAUUUAAUAACACAUUUAGAGAAAGAUAAUGCAAUAAAUCAUCGGGAUAAAGAAGAAAUACUUAGUACUGUACAACAAUCAGGGAAAACAGCAGCUUCCUUAGUGCUAAUUGAUUGCUUACAAUGCCGUCUGGCCCCUACACAAUGGUUCCGUGCUUUCUUAAAUGCUCUUGUUGCAUGUGACAGGGAAGAUAUUGUGCAAACGAUACAUCCAGAUUACCUUAAGAGUCACAUGAGUCAAACUGAUGAUACUUUGAAAGAAGAAUGUGGCAAUGAAGACAAUUCUUCUGCAGAUAAUGAAUUGGUAAAUAGAAUAGACACAGCCCAUUGCCAUAUCUACAAGUUAGAAAAGACUGCAAAGCUAGAGCUGGACAAAAUACAACAACACUUCGAUGAUAUGAAAAAUAGUCUUUGUGCACAGAUAGAAAACAAAACAAUUGCAAUGUCAAAGACAUUAGAGCAUGUUAAUACUUUGGCAGAAAGAGAAUCUCAAGAAGAUAUCAGUCAGGAAAUGGAAAAGUGUCUUCAACAAGUGACAACUUCAUGCUAUACACUUUGUGCCGCGGAACCUUUCAUGAAUUUGGAAAAAUUGGGUGUUUUGCACGAACCUAAACAAACUUUACACAGGCAAAGUUCUCUUGCAAUAUCAACAAAAGGUUCAGAUUCUUUGAAAAAUUGUCCGAAACCAAGUCACGGAAAACACAGAGUCGUUGAUGCGCGCAGCAGACACUACUCAGGUUCAUCUAGUUCAAGUUCGUCAUCAGGGUACUUGAUUGUAGAGAAGUCCACCUCUCUUUCCACCAGUUCAAUUACAAGUAUUGAUGAGAGAUCACAGACAAAAAAUGCAUCGAAAGUAACGUUUGCAGACAGUAAAGAAUCUGCACAAGAGAUUCGUGACAAAAAAGCGACAAAAGUAGACAAUAGUCGGUUACCGUCACGGUUAAUUCAAAAUAAGGACUACCUAGCGCUUUAUUCUAAACGAAAGAUAUCUCCCGGCAGAAGACGCACUGUGUCUGAAUCUAGCAUCUUGUCUACAGACGCAUCUAUAGUUUCAUCAACUGAUAGGCCAUCUUCAAGUGCUACUGAUGCUUUAUAUGAUACAUCAAUUACAUCCUCGACAACGAAGACAACUAGUGUUUCUGAAAAGAAAGUUCUAGUUGAACGUACUGAGUCCUAUUUGUACCACCAUAAAAUGGUUAUUAGUUGUAACAACAAUUGUCUGUUUUCCAGUCUCUGCGUUCUUCCAAGCAAUAAAACUGUUCUUGUUGACCAAGGUAACGGUUGUUUCUACAUAUAUGAUGACGCAAGUAACAAGUUUAUAAGCCGCAGAUUAAAUCAUCACAUUCCCAUUUGUGUUUGCAAUGUUGGCGAUAGUUUGUUAUUCAUUCUGUUCCGAAGGCGUGAUUGCACGAACGUUUUGGUGCAGUAUUUUAUUCAUUUUUCCACUAAUCCCAGCCCAAGAAGAUUUGUUACUGGAAUAUCCUUUGUAAAAGAGGUACAGGUUUCCAGCAAAUGCCACGGACAGCUGUGUUCCGUUGCUAGUAACAAUGACGGUGUGUUAGCAUUUUGCUCGAAUAAGCAUAUACAUUACAUUUCAACGGAUGGCAAUGAGACUAAAACUGUUAAUUGCGAUGUUGUCGAAAAUGAAUGGUGGCCAAUCUAUUCAAUACGCGAUUCUGGUUGUGAGUUCGCUUUUAUGUAUGAAGUAUACUCGUGCUCUGUGUACUGCUUUUGCAUAUUUACGGGUCAGAUGACUUGGAAAGUUAAACUACCUCACGUGGAAGGAAUGACGCUGUGUGGAGAAGGUAUAUAUUUAUCAAUGAAUAUUGAUAAUAAGAUUGAAAUUCUAUCAAAAUCUACAGGCAAUCAUGAAAGAAUCAUUACAGAACAUGUACGACGCCCAUUUGCGGUGUCAAGCAGCCCUGGCCAGGAUACAAUUAUUGUUACGCAAUACCACCCGAAAGGUAACAAAAUAAAUAGAAUGAUCAAAUACUUUUAAAUGGAUUGUAGUAGCAAACCAGAUGUUUUAGCUGUUGACACAAUUUUGAAAUACAGCCUUUAAAAUCUAGAGGAUCUAGAGGACGCUUGCAGGAAUGGUCACUACCUGAGAAUACGAGAAUGUAUUUGACUGAUACUGGAUCAGUCAUAUUCACUUUAUUUCUAUAGAGCUCUUGAAAGCCCUUUGUAAAUUCAGACAAAAGUAAAAGAAAGCAUACACAUAAUAUACAGAUUGAUUAGGCUUUGUUUACCUGUUUUACUAUUGUAAAAAAGAAUGUGCGAGAAAGGAAAGACGUCAAGAAUUACCUGCCGGCUGUUAUCAAUUGUUUCAGUGUUGUUACUUUAUUCUAUCUUUAUUUGAGACAGCAAGUUGUUUUGUAAAUUUAUUUCGCUAAUCUCUACGCCAGGGGGCAUUAUCUUGCUGUGCCACUAUUUUCAAUUUUGUUAAUGUUUGAUUUGUGAUUUCAAGUUAAAAUGUUUGAGACACUUUAGUGUCUUGUAGAAUGCAAAAAACUUCUGCAAUUUGAAAAGUAGACAACAAAUUAUUUUUGAAACAUAUUUCUUAUCAUAUUGCUGUUUGUAAAUGUAUCUUUUAGGAAUCUUGCUUACUUUUCAUAUUCCUUUAUGUAUGAUGAAAAAUGAACAGAUUAAAUUGUUAGAAUAAGGGGCCUCCGUGGCCGAGUGGUUAAGGUCGCUGACUUCAAAUCACUUGCCCUCAUCGAUGUGGGUUCGAGCCUCACUCGGGGCGUUGAAUUCUUCAUGUGAGGAAGCCAUCCAGCUGGCUUACGGAAGGUCGGUUGUUCUACCCAGGUGCCCGCUCGUGAUGAAAUAAUGCACGGAGGAGCACCUGAGGUCUUCCUCCACCAUUAAAGCUGGAAAGUCGCCAUAUGACCUAUCAUGUGUCGGUGCGACGUUAAAUCCAACCAAAAAUAUACAAUAAAUAAAUUGUUAGAAUAAUAAGAUUUUACACUAAUUGCCUGGUAAAGACAUGUGGUGUUUUAUUUUUAUACUGUUCUUCGACACAUAUCCAAUUUAUUGUUAUGACUUCAAAAUUCAAAUUAUUGUCAUAAAUGCAUCUCAUUUACUUAUGUAAGAUACUGAUUAUUCCAUAUUGUAGGCUGAAACAAUUAUAUCUUCAGGCGAGAGGAAGUGUAGAGCAGUUAAUAUUGACUUAUAAAAUGGCAAUAGAAUAAUGGCAGCGUUCUCGAUGUGGCCAAAAUCUGCUAUUUCUUUUGGCCCAUUUUCACAUAAGUGCCUUUUUUCAGUAGAUGAAAUAUGCAUUUUCACAUUUGUGUCUUUUUUCAGUACAUUUUUAUCAUAGUAUUGUAGAACAUGAUUAAGGUAUAAAAUAAGUUCAUUUCGUGUUUGUAAUAGCCGUUUGCAAUCCACUUAAUCUCUGAAUCUAUCAAAAUAUUAUAUAAAUUCAUAUCAUUUACCAUUUUUUACAACAACAAGAUCAUCUUGAGUAUGAGAAUAAUCACAGUUUGUUUCUAAUGUUACUUUUCAGUUUUAUAGUUUUGACCCAGUAAUCUAGUGUUUUACUUACAACAAAGAGUCCUUUUUUUGCAAAGUUUUAUCUUUGAAGUAAGGAGUUUCACGAACAGCAUUUCAAACAUUCGGAGCUUUGUGAAACGGACCCCAUGUAAAUGACUAAAGACGACUUUAUUAACUUGGGUCAAAUGAUUUUGUUCGUUUUUACUUUUUUUUAAAUAAUUAAUUCAGUUUUAUGUUUAAAAAUUGCAGUGUCAUGACCUAGAAUGCACAUUUGACGUACCAUUUGGGUCAA